AUGGAGGACAUGCCUUCGAUAUACAUCAUUGGGGCUCAGUGCACUGGCAAGACCACUUUGGUUGAGGCGGUCUCCCGACAUAUACGAAGAGAACGAUCCCACCUUUCCUUUACCAUCAUCAAGGAGCUUGCCCGGGGCGUCUUGGUGACAGCAGAUGUGAACAGAGACGACAUUCGAGCCGGGACAGAGAAAGCGAUGAACUUCCAGCGACUUGUGCUCAAGACGCAACUUGACGAAGAGCAAAAGCUCCAGAACCGCGGCUUCAUCAUCUCGGAUCGAUCUGGCAUCGACCCAAUCGCUUAUGCGAACCUGUACGGUCCACCGCAGGCCACAACGGAAAUGCUUGGGUCGUCUUCUUGGGCAGCGUUGAGAAAGAGAAUGUGUCAAAGCAUCGUCAUACUGAGCGAACCAGUUCUGCCCUGGCUGUUUGACGAUGGCGUGAGGUUGAUGCCUGAAGAUAUAAGCGAGUGGUUUGCGCUGCACAAUGCCUUCAUCAGUCUGCUACAGCAGAGCGAGAUCAAGUUCGAGUCGUUGCCGGCGACAUGCAAUGUGAUUGAAAAGAGAGUAGCCUUUGUGCUUGAAGCCUGGGAGACUCGGGCGAAGCAGGCCGCCAGUGUGACGGCCUCAGCCCAGGAAACACGGGACCUGUCAUCGGCGGCGGCGACGACUUCGCAACUAUAA